UAAACGCUUGGUCAAUAAUAAUCGAUUAGAAAUACAGCUUUCUUCUUCAACGUGUCUUAGUUAUCUGUUGAUCGUCAAACUGAUAGCCACGAUGAGCACUAUCCUGAGCCUGACAAUAUGCGGAAUUCUAAUAAUCCCAUCAAUACCCACAAUCGGAGCAACAACAUGCGCAGCCUGUUCCUCUGCGGACAAUCCAAAAUGUUCGGCGCCUAACUUCACCGAAUCGACCAAGGAUUGCUUCAGCGUCAAUCCAUGUGCGGUUUCCAUCAUCACCGGAACGGGUCACACGUUCCGGGGCUGUUCCAUGGAUCCGGAGUGCUACAGUAACGACCUUUGCGAAACUUGUGACGGCGAUGGAUGCAACUCUGGGGCGUAUCCUGCCGAUCGAAUGAAUUGUUUGACGUGCUGGAAUGCCUCCGAGGGAGAUGCAAGCUGUGAGACGGAUACGAGUGAUCAACGGCUUGGUACUGCCUGCGUGUUGUACUUCCAGGACGAUGUAUGUGUUACAAUUUUCAAACAGUUCAAACCGAUCCGGCGAGGUUGUUUGGGGGACAUGGACGUAGGGGUGAAGGCGUUGUGUGAAAGUGGAUCGGCGGAGUGCGUACCGUGUCGGGAGAAUGACUGCAAUACGGUGAAUGUAAGGCUUGACGAGCUGUGUCUGCAGUGUGACUCGCAAGAUCGGGGAUGCAACGAUGCCAGUCAUAAUGCUACCACAUGUACGAAGGUUUCCGAAGGAAAAUGCUAUUCAAAGCUGUUCAGUGAUGGAACCGUCAAGCGAGGUUGCUUUCAUGAGCUGUCGGCAGAGGAAUCUACGACGUGCAACACAACCAACUGUGUCGUUUGCUCUGGAGCAGGCUGCAAUAAAAGCGUGUUCAUCGCUAAAAACGAUUUUCGUUGUAAAACCUGUCUUUCAUCCAACACCGCGGCAUGUGUACGAGAUCCGUACACAGUCCUCGACAAAGAAUGUCCCUUGAAUGAUACGGCAUGCGCGACGGUUCUAAUAUCGGCCACUGGUCACCUCUUCCGGGGUUGUUCAACCGACGCGGAAUGUGUUGCCGAAGGAGAUGGCUGCAUCAAAUGCGACGAGUACAGAAAUUGCAAUUUCUAUCGAUAUCCGCUGAAUCGGCUGGAUUGCAACAUAUGUGAGACUGCUAACAAUCCGAACUGUGCGACUCUUCCGUACAACAAGCAGUUCGAGAAACCGUGUCUGCGCCACAUAAGCGGUGAUGAUUGUGUAACCAUAUUCGACGGUUUUCGCGUAACCCGCCGUGAGUGUAGAUCCGCUCUCAAUGAAUCGGAUUUGCUGAAAUGCGAUUCGGCAGGUGGGCAGGAGUGCGUGGCCUGUAGCGGAACGGGAUGUAACAAAAUAACCGUUCGGCAGGACGAUAACUGUUUACAGUGUUCGUCGCAAGAUGGUCUGACUUGUGCCAAUGGGCGUAGACUAUCAACGGUAUGCAAGCGAUCUUCAGAUGGCUUUUGCUACAAUCGGUUGGAUCAAACUGGUAUUCUUCACCGCGGAUGUCUGUCGGAUUUGAAUGAAGAGGAUCGACAACUGUGCUUGAACUCAAAUGAUUCAUCAUGUGAGACUUGCUCCGGAUCCGGAUGUAAUAAAAAUGUGUUCCCAGUGGAUGCUCUUCAAUGCGUUCAAUGCGAUAGUUCGAUGAACAUGGACUGCGUUCAAAAUCAAACAACAAAUAUAUUCGUGAAUCCUUGCAGAGUGCAUGUCAAUGAAGAUAAGUGUUACACUAGGCUACGAGCAGAUGGAUCCAUCGAACGUGGCUGUCAAUCGUCGCUCGUCGAUGCCUGCGAUCCACUAACGAAUGCGUCCUGCACGACUUGCGAAGGAGCCGCUUGCAAUACCGAGGUGUAUCCUUGGGGAAGGCGAUCCUGCUACCAAUGUGAUGGCGUGAGUGAUCUAACUUGUGGAUUGGAGCAAACGAGACAAAAUGGUAUCCAGGUUUGCCUACGGUUUAAAUCACACGAUAAGUGCUACACUUUAUUGCAGGAUGGUAAAGUGAAAAGAGGAUGUGCCUCCGAGUUCGACAUUGACGUGUGUCAUGGGCUAGAGAAGACUCAGUGUCAGACGUGCAAUACGAAUGAUUGCAAUCAUAUAUCUGAAGUUGGGUUACGAUCGAAUGGACAGGCGACAUAUUUUAGCUCACUACUGGCUUUAGUAGGCAUAUUUUUUGUUGUAUUGGAAUACGAAUAGAGUGUUGUGAUGUACUUUAUGUCUGACCUCUGUGAGAUGAGUGGUUUCAGUUGCAGGGAGAAGAGUGUGAACGACAUUGUAAACAAGAACAGUUACAGGAAGGAAUGACAUGAAUAAAGGGAGUUUGAGUUUAAGUCACACACGAGACGGACGUGUUUUAUUUGUGGUUAAGAACCUGACAAUUGGCGUAUGAGGUGGGAUUCCGCAUUGA